CCAGUCUAAGCCAGAGAUAGCCACUGAAGAGCAACCCAGAGCAAUGUCCCUGUCUGGGGUAAGCUGCCUGGUGACAGGAGCAGGAGGAUUUCUUGGCCAGAGGAUUGUUCGCUUGCUAUUGGAAGAAGAGGAGGCGCUGGCUGAGAUCCGACUGCUAGACAAAGCUUUUAGCAGUGAAGCACUUGAGAGGUUUGAACAGUUCCAGGGUAAGACUGAGGUGAAGAUCCUUCAAGGGGACAUCCGAGAUGUGCCGUUCCUGCACCGUGCCUGUCAGGGGGUCUCCCUCGUCAUCCACACAGCUUCCAUCAUCGAUACCUUGGGCCUUGUAGAGAAGCAGCUGCUCUGGGAAGUCAACGUAACAGGUACACAGCGACUGCUGGAGGCAUGUGUCCGCUGUAACGUCCAGCACUUCAUAUAUACCAGUACCAUAGAAGUGACAGGCCCAAACUGCAAAGGUGACCCAAUUUUCAAUGGUGAUGAAGACACAGUUUAUAAGAGUGCACCAAAAUUUCCUUACGCCCGGAGUAAGAGACUGGCAGAGGAUUCUGUGCUGAAAGCAGAUGGCCAGACACUAAAGGAUGGUGGUAUGCUGAUGACUUGUGCCCUGAGACCCAUGUACAUUUUUGGAGAAGGAUGCCCAUUCCUUCAAGGUCAUCUGGAUAAGUGUCUGUUGAACAAAAACGUCUACCUUCGCUUCUCCAGGAAGCAGGCUUUGGUGAACCCCGUGUAUGUGGGGAACAUCGCCUGGGCACACGUGCAGGCAGCCAAAGCCCUGCGAGACCCACAGAAAGCCCAGCACAUGAGGGGGCAGUUCUACUACAUCUCAGAUGACACUCCUCAUGUGAGCUACGCGGAUCUAAAUUUCGAGCUGACCAGGGACCUGGGCUUUGGAAUCGAGUCCCGGCUCCCCAUGCCUCUGACAAUGUUGUAUUACUUCUCGCUGCUGCUGGAGAUUGUGAGCUUUUUGCUCCGGCCUUUUGUCAGAUACGUCCCUUCCACCAACCAUCACCUGGUCACUCUCCUGAACACCCCAUUCACCUUCUCUUAUAGGAAAGCGCAGAAGGAUUUUGGCUACGUGCCCCGCUACACUUGGGAAGAGGCCAGGCAGCGCACUGGCCAGUGGAUUGCGUCCAUAGUACCACAGAGAAGGGAGUGCUUGAAAAGCAAGGCUGCCUAA